GUCUCAUCCCAGCCCACCAUUGAUUCCCUAAAAAACGCUGCGUUCUCAUCUUUUGCUUUCCGUCUUCGCUAUCACGGUCUUAUUAUUCUCUCUCCUCUUGCUUUCCAUACUAAACCCCCCGUCUUCAUCUACUCUGCUAGAUGAAUUCGUAAACGUCUGAUAUCGAAGGGACCUUCCCAGGCUAUGAAAGUCAUGGCAGCCAUGGAAAAGCACGGCAUUUAUGAUGAUUCAAUCACCUACUAGCAGUCAUUUACUUGAGGCAUUUCCUUUCUUAUUUCUGAAUUUUAUUUGAAGCGCAUAUAUAAGUUGCUCCGUGGGCAGCCGACCCUCGAUCUCCUAAACUACGCUAAUAGUGAAGUGCUGGUGAUUGCUUGCCUUCCCUUUCUCCAAAAAUGUCAUCAUUAAGGAAUGCCAUUAGCAGACGAUCUCACAAGGAACGAGCUCAACCGUCCUCGAGGAAAAAAUUCGGGCUUCUCGAAAAACACAAGGAUUAUGUUGUUCGUGCGAAAGCAUUCCACAAAAAGGGGGAGACUUUACGGAGACUCAAGGAGAAAGCCGCGUUCAGGAACCCUGAUGAAUUUUACUUUCAGAUGAUAAAAUCAAGAACUGUGGAUGGAGUUCAUAAACCUGAGAAUCAGGCUAACAGAUACUCUCUAGAAGAACUCAUGCUAAUGAAGACCCAAGACAUAGGAUAUAUAGUACAGAAAUUGCAAAGUGAAAGGAAGAAAAUUGAGAAGCUUACUGCAGUGUUGCAUUCUGUUGAUAAUUAUCCAUCUAACGGACACAUUUACUAUGCUGAAGACAGGGAAGAGGUUAGAGAAUUGCAAUCACAAUCUCCAGAAAGCAGAGUUACUCCCCCUUCUGAUGAUGUCCCUGAUCAUAUUAAAAGGGAGACAGCUACUUCAUACAGGGAAUUAGAGGCCAGGAAAAAUAGAGUGAAUCAGCUGGAGAAACUAUAUAUGGAUAUGUCACUGAAGAAGGAAUUAAAGAAAAAGGGUCAGAAGAACAAACUCCGUGAAGAUGAAGUAAAAUGUCCAACCUCCAAGCCAGUGUACAAAUGGCGAUCAGAAAGAAAGAGGUAACAAGGUGUUCAUGGCCCGUGAGAUUAAGGUUUUUGUUGGUGGCAACUGAUUUUAGGAGCUUCAUCAUGUCUGUGAGAGAUUAAAGCCUUGGAUAUUGAACCGGUAAGCUAGUAAGAGUUGAUGACAAGUUUUACGUUGUGGAGAUUUUCUGUUGGGCAUAUGACUUCAAUGAUAAUUCAUCAGAAUUGUAGUAUGUAGCGAACUCUUCACUCAUUCAUAUAGAGUGGUUUUUGAUAAAUUGAUUUAAGUGAAUGGCAUUUUAGGCUGUUUCUUAAUAUUGUGCCAUCAGCUUUAUGAAUCUAACAUUAUCUUCACC